AAAGAGCCUCAGUUUCAUUUCUGCUUCCAGUCCAGCAGCUGACACACAGACGAUGAACCAACAAACCAACAAGAACCCGACACAGAAGGCCGUCCUGCCUCAGGUCCGGUACCACCCCACCAUCCAGACUGGAGAACCAGCCAGAACCAGAACCGGACCAACCCACAAGACCAGGCCUGGAGCUCAGACUGGGACUAAAGCGGUCGAGAACAACCAGGAUGCUAAUGGUAUAGCACCUGAGGUCCGGUACCACCCCACCAUCCAGACCGGAGAACCAGCCAGAACCAGAACUGGAAAAACCCACAAGACCAGGCCUGGAGCUCAGACUGGGAUUAAAGCGGUCCAGAACAACCAGGAUGCUGAUGGUAUAGCACCUGAGGUCCAGUACCACCCCAUCAUCCAGACCGGAGAACCAGCCAGAACCAGAACUGGACAAACCCACAAGACAAGACGGAACAACCAGGAUGCUGAUCGGACCGGUCCGGCUGAUCCAGAGCCGAGGCAGAAACAGGAACAGAUGAAGGAAGUGGAUCACAGAGCUGCUACGGGUCCAGAUCUUCCCACACCGGACCAGGUCCCUCUUGGUCUGGCUGUCGGACUGGACAGGUGUGUGGUGGAGCAGGUGGAGGUUCUGACCCGUGGACAGAGCACCAACCAGGACUGGUUCGCCUGGAGGAAGAACCGGAUCACAGCUUCUAUGGCUCACCGCAUCGCUCACUGCCGCUUCGUUCAUGGGAAGACCAAAACCCCGCCCCCCUCCUACAUGUCUGCUAUCACAGGUGAGGGGCGGAGCAUCCAGACCAGAGCCAUGAGCUGGGGGGUUCAGAUGGAGGCGGAGGUGGUCCGCAGGUACCAGACUCUGAAGACAGCAUCGCUGCGUAGCUCCGUCUCCGUUCAGGACUGUGGCCUUUUCAUCGAUGCUCGGCGCUCCUGGUUGGCUGCCAGCCCCGACGGCAUCGUGACGGACAGUCGGACCGGCGAAUGGCUGCUCUGCCUGGAGGUGAAGUGUCCCUACAAACACAGACACAGACGGGUGGAGGACGCCUGCAAGGACGACCCCGCCUUCUGCCUGGAGCUACGGGACGAGGACGGGCCGCUCUACCGUCUGAAGACGUCUCACAGCUACUUCACUCAGAUUCAGUGUCAGCUGGCGGUGACCGGCCUGCGGCGGGCCGACCUCGCCGUCUUCACCCUGAAGGAGAUCGCCAUCGUCCCGGUGACCUUUGACCCCAACCUGUGGGAGGAGACGGUGUCCAAGCUGGAGACGUUUUACAGGGACGCCGUCCUGCCUCGACUGAGAGAGAAGACACAGCUGGACACACCUGAGCUGUAGAGAGAGACACACACACAGACACACACACAGACACACAGACACACACACAC